GCUACGUGUUCACCCCUAAACCAAAUUUCUUGGUCCCAUCAUAAUUAGUUAAUUUGCAAAUGCGUUGCAUAAAUCGAGGGCCGUCUUCAUUCUUCAAUCCGAGGUGUGCCCGCUCACUGCCUCUGGCUAGCCCUAAUCUGCAAUCUGAAGCACGUCUACUUCAAUAUAAGGCUGUUUAAGCUAUGGAGGAGCGAGACCGAAUCAGUGAACUUCCUGCAGAUUUAAUUGACAAGAUUAUGGGAAAAUUGUGGAUUGGUGAAGCUGCUAGAAAUGCUGUCUUAUCCUCUGUUUGGAGAGAUGCUUGGUAUAAUCUUACUGAGGUUGUUUUUGAUGAUUCCUUCUAUCAUAACAUUUACUCAGAUUUUGAUGAUAACCCAGCCACAUGGCAUGAUACAAUCAAUGAUUACCUCAAGAAGCACAAGGGAAAUAUUAAAAAAUUUGUUGUUUUCUUCCGUCUGAAAGUGUAUAUAUGUGAAUUCGACAAGUUAUUCCUUUCUGUCAUGAAGAAAGGUGUUCAACAACUCGUCAUUCAGAUAUACAGUGAUGAUGGUAGGAAAUACCGGCUGCCAACCUGCAUCCUUAAAUGCCCUACACUGAAGACUUUUCGUGCUUGUGGUGUUAAAAUAGACCCGACAAGACCCCGUUGCAUGUUUCGUAAUGCCACUGCUCUUAGUUUUGAUGGUGUUCAUUUUGAUCCAAGUAGUCAACUUGAUGCUGUUGAUCUUCGAAAGCUCCGAAGACUAACAUUUAGAGGAUGUAAAAACAUCUCUAAUUUCAACAUUACUGCUCCGAGACUUGGUAGUUUAUCAAUCGUAGAAUGUUACAUUGGCAGUGAUCGUGACACUGACAAUGACCGUCGUAGUGAUAGUGAUGACGAUGAUUACUAUUCUGACGAUGAUGAUGAAGAUUACAACUCUGACGACGAUGACUACCGCUAUGCAGCCAAUAAUGACGAUGAACGCCGCUAUAACUUUGACAAGGGAAAAGACAAAUCAAGUGGUGGUUUUCUCCCUGGGAACUUGGAUUUGAGAUCUGUUCAUACACUUCAUUUGUGUUGUGAUGCUAUUGGGGGUGUUGUUGAUGAUUUUGGUAGAAUGGGACCUCAAAUGCCAACGUUAGAUGUGAAAUACCUAAACCUUUCAGGUGUCUACAAUCCAGAUUCUGACAUAAACUCUAAGUUUAUUAAUCUGCUGAGAAGUUGCCCAAAAUUAUGCAAACUUGAAAUAAGUUUUCAGCCCCAUGGAUUAGGCUGGCCUAGUUGUAGUGGGAGUGUUUCUAAUCUUUUCGAAGGACUUCACAAGCUACAUCACAUACACAACUCUCUCCAAACGUUGAAGCUUAGCUUAUGCUCAGUGUCCAAAUCCGAAGUGCAAUUUAUAACGGGACUAAUAGGCUGCUUCCCAAAAUGUAAGAAGGUGUUUAUUUUUUGUUGGCUAAGGUUCACGUCCAAGGAGAAGGCAAAGAUAAGAAAGGAGAUUUUGAGUUCUAGUCGUGCCUUAUCAACAGCAAAAAUUUAUUUGAAGUAAGAAGCCUUUUGGUUUUCAUGCAACUCCUAAACCCUCCUGUUAUGUAAUGGAAGGGAAGCCGAUUUCUUGUGGUCUUCAACAGCAAUGGUUUCCAUAUAUAUUAGUGAAAAUGAUUAUGUUAUUAGCUGUUUUGUUAGAACGAAAGUAAGUUUAGUAAUGUGGUAGGACCCAGGUGCAUAGACGGCUAGGCUUUAUCUUGCUGUUCGUAAUGGGGGGAGAACAAAUAUGCUCCUAAGUAUCCCCCACUUUAUAUUAGCUGCUCCAGAUUCCAUUUCAGCUGCUCCAUAUUACUUGUUUAACUUGCCUUUUGUAGUUCAUAUGAAUAUAUGAACCACAGAGUAAAGUUCAUAUAUUCAUAUGGUAUUAGUAUUGCAGGAAAAAUAAUUAAAAUAGAAAAAAUGGCACGG